AUGCUCAUCUGUGCGCAGUCUAUAUAUGCUAAGCUGCAAGCCACCACGCUAUCGUUACGGCCAUCGACCAAGCUUGACAAGACACUUCGAUACCGCAACUGCCAGUAUCCAGUGGCUGGCCGGAAGCGCGCGGACACUCAGGGCGGCGCGAUCGCGACGGUCGACCCGACCAAGCUCACUAGCGACUGUUAUCGGGAUUUUUCCGGUCUAAAAACUUUCUGCCUGCAUCUUCGAGAAGGCGCUGACUCGAGCUCUCGGAGUACCCGAUGGCAGCGCCAGUUUUUGUGCCUCACAACGAAUGGCUCAAAGAUUUAUGCUCCAUCUCCACCGGGGACGCAUGGCUUCUUCUACUACCGCACUCCUCCGCCCUGGGCCCACGACCUCGCCGGCGAGAUCCGGUUCCGCAUUACAAAAGACAGCGACCCAUCGACCUUUGCUAGUGGCUAUGACCUCCUCGUCAAAGGCAUGCCAUGGGCUGUGACUCUGCUGUUCAACAGCUCCAUCUCGGCAGGGUUCCGUAAUGCCGUGCUGCACGAUGGUCUGCUCAGCGAAGACCAGAUACACCGCAUGGAGCGCUUGGAGCCGUGGCGUUGCAAACUAACAGCCAAGUCGCGUCUUCUCCACUCAAUUGGCCAGCCGUUUGCACUACCAAUAAGCACGGACAGUAAAGUCAGAAAAUCUUCCCUGUACUUCGUGCCUGGCAUCACGGACGACAAAGACGUGCUUGAGAACCUGCAUAUUGUCUCUCACUCAGGGUAUCAAUGGGGCUACAACACCGGUACAGACGGGGUCAAGACCUUCUCGCGAGACGCCAUCGCCAUUGUGCACCUUGAACCUUGGAUUCAUCCGCACGACAGGAAAAGACGCUGCGUUGUUAUCCGAGUCCGGAAAUUGUUGCACUGUGAUGGCCUGCCUGUCAAAUCUCUGGACGAUCAUCCUGAUUACGGUGUGGCAGGUCAUUUGUUGCAUAGCGUUGGGCCGGUAAAAGAGAAGGUGUGGUAUCAUAAAAUUCACCAGGGACCAAUCGCCUGGAGGCACUUGUGUUUACCGCCCGAAGGUGUGACCAUGGACUUGUAA